AUGGCGAGAGGCUGCAGAGUGACGGCCCCAUGUGCAGUGCUGCUGCUGGCCUCCUGCGUCCUGCAGUGCUGCUGCUCCCUGCACACCAAGGGCUCCCUGUCACUGGACCAGAUCACCUUCUAUAAGGUCAUUCCAAAGAUGAAGUUUGUGUUGGUAAAGUUCGACACUCAGUAUCCAUAUGGAGAAAAGCAGGAUGAGUUCAAACAGUUAGCAGAAAGUUCAUCUUCCAGUAAAGAUCUUCUGGUGGCUGACGUUGGGAUCUCAGAUUAUGGUGAUAAAAUUAAUAUGGAGUUGGGUGAGAGGUACAAGCUAGAUAAGGAAAAGUUCCCAUAUUUUUAUCUCUUUGUGAAUGGUGACAUCGAAAACCCAAUCCCUUACAAUGGGGUGGUUAAGACCAAUGCUAUCCAGCAUUGGUUAAAGACUCAUGGAGUAUACUUGGGCAUGCCUGGGUGCCUAGAGGAUUAUGAUAUGCUAGCUGAAGAGUUCAUAAAGUCCACUGAUAAAGAGGAGAGGAGCGAGCUCCUGAAGAAAACUCGGACCAUGUUGGCCUUUGUUCGGGAGCUGGAUAAACAGUCUGCAGAGCAAUAUGUGAAGAUCAUGAGCAAAAUCCUGGACCAAGGAGAGAACUUUGCGCACAGUGAGUUUGAACGCAUUACAAAACUGAUAGAAAAUAACAAGAUGAGUGAUUCUAAGAAAGAGGAUCUCCAGAAGAGGCUCAAUAUUCUCAGCAGCUUCCAGAGCAAAACGCAAGAAAAAGAGGAGCUUUAAAAAAAGAUUUAAGUUAACCUAUUUAUUCCAACAGUAUUCCAUAUUAAUGGUACAAGAAACAUUGUGACAUGUCUCAUCUCACUUCAUGGACAUCUGUUCUUCCCAUAGGAAGUCUUACUGCCUGCCUAGUUUUGAUAUAUAAUGUGUUCUUGUUAUGUGCAUCAUUUCUAAGUUCAGCAAUACAGUAUUUUUUUUUCCAUUCUAAGGAAUAGUAUAUAUAUAUAUAUAUAUUUUUUUUUGUAUUGUGGCUUCCUACUUUCAUGCAAUAGAUGCCCCCAAUGUUCAAGAGAUGCUCAUGUCUGUCUUGAUAGUAGCUUGUUGUAUUAUUACAUGGUGCCUUGUCCAGUAAUCCACGUGAAAGGUUGGUGCAGAUUAUCUAGUACUGUACCUAUAUUUAAUGAGUAUCUGUCAGCAGUUUUGACUAUGUAAAAAUACUCACAGCACUAAGUUGGUUUCGGGGAAAGGAGGAUAAACAUACUUUUUUGUGGAGCAUUUAUUAUGAGUAAUGUGAAAAUUAUGUAUUAGGCCUCUUUCACACGAACAAUACAUAUUGGCUCUGAAUGCGUUCAGGGUGUGUAACUCCUCAGGAUGCAGCGAAGUCACAGACGAGGAAAGCAACACCGACACCAGCUUUUAAAACAACAGAAACUUUACUGAAUAGUUGUAUUAAACAGGAUAUCACAUACAGUUCCCAAUGCAGUGAACAUAGCAUAAAGUUCCAUCCCCUCAGCCCAUAGGCUGAGACCCCUGAGUUACACAGCACGGCGCCCUCGAGUGGUAGCAGGGAAAAAAACACUUGCAACAAUUUACCUACUGGCAAGGACAACUAACACUGCCUCGCGUACCUAUUAUUACCCUAGAAAACUGGAUGCAGGAUAUGAUCUCGCCUGCGGUGUAACUGUGCAGCCUACAACCUUAUCACAGAUAUAAAGCUCUAUAAUAUUCUUGAGUGAAACAACUGGGUGAAUUGAAUUUGUGAACAAUACUGUCGCGUUCAGUUGCGCAGUGUCCCUUUAGGGCAACGGAUUCCUUGCAGAAAAACGUGGCAAACACUUUUAGCCUGAUGCAAGACAGGAUCCCCUAACUAACUUACUACUGGCUUACUGUCGUCUUUAGGCGCCAAUUUACUUGGUGCGUGCACGAUCUUACUGACCUAGGUCUGCUAUUCAUCCGAUGGUGACUUAAAUCAGAGGACAAGUCUUUCCAGCAACCAUGAGGCCAUGCAGGGUGUGUAGCUCCAUUCCACAGCUCUUUCAGUUUUCCAGGAACCAAUCUUCUUUUCUCUGGGCGAUAUCUGGAUAACCCACAGCAAUCUGUCAUUUCACUCUAUUUCCUGCUUCUUGUCCAGUUAGAUCACCAUACCUCUCUAUGCAUAUUCAAAUUCCAAGUUAAUUUACACAUCAACAGUAUUUUAAACAGUGGGGACUGUUUCUCCAUCUUACAGGUGCGUUCAGUGAAACUCGCACCAUUUUGCAAGCAAGUUCAGUCAGUUUUGUCUGUGAUUGCGUUCAGUUUUUUCCGAGCGGGUGCAAUGCGUUUUGAUCCGUAUUGAUCAGUUUUUCAUGUGCGUGAUAAAAAACUGAAGGUCUACA